AUGAUCGAGCUCGUCCCAAAAACCAUUCUUGGAUUCAUACUUCUCGUGGCAUCUACCAUUGGACUAUUUCUCAAUAUCACUGUGGUGUCCCCAGUUUUCCAACUGGCAUUUUCUGAGGAUAAAAGUUCGAUUUAUGUGAUUUCAAGUGUGAAUAUAGUCAAUGACAUUGCCCACUUGCUGAUUACGACAUUCUACUUGGCGCCAACAAUUAUUAUGAAUAGUUUCUUAACCACCGAGGAACGGAAUGGCCAACUUACUGUAUUCAUCUCCUUCAUCUUCAUGGUCUUAUGGUAUAUUGGGAAUAUUACUCAGAUUGUGAUGGCGGUAAAUAGAUGGGCGGUUAUCUGUAUCCUCCGAUCUUCUAUGUUCACCAAGAAGAAUUUAUUGAUAUUUUUCACCUUCACUUUCAUAUUUGCCUUGGUCAAAAGCUACAUAGUACAAUAUGUGUUUCCAUGUUGUACCUUCUUGGUAGAUCAAACUGUUCUAUCCUAUUCCUACUUUCAAAUUGGAAAUCUUACUAACUACACUGAUCAAAGUGAUAUCCCUCUGAACGCUAUUAGCUCGAUUAUUCCGGUUGUUUGUUACUCAUGGAUUUUCUACACAAUCCGCAGUGCUUCUAAGAAUAUCACUCCAAAUAUGGAAACUGGGAACCAACGGAAAAGAGGACGUCAGGAAUUGUCGUAUGCAAUGCAAUUCUGCUUGAUCUCUAUGUUUUACACGUUCUCGUGGAUUAUGUUUCGGAUUUUUCCUAUUAUUUUCACCGGGAGGCAGAUCGAAUGGUUCAUACUGACAUCGUUGUGUCACGUGUUUAAUUGCAGUGCAAAUGCGUUUGUCUACAUUGUUUUUAAUCAGGAGAUCCGUCGCCGUCUCUCCGAACACAAAAUCUUCCGAUUCUCCGGAAUUGGCACCACUGAUCACUCCCACGAACAACACACCCAGUCGAAAGUGCACACUAUUCCAAUCCCAUCCGCUAGACCUACAACUCAUUAA